AUGCCAUACUACGGGGUUGCCAGAGGCCGCGCCAUUGGCGUAUACGAUAGUUGGCCUGAAUGUAAAGAUUCAGUGGUUGGGUUCAGUAAUGCCAAAUUCAGAAAAUUUAACGAUUAUUUUGAGGCUCAACUAUUUGUCGAUAUGGAAUCAGAUUAUGCUUACGGGUACAAUCUGCGAUACUCUGAUGAGUAUAGUGAUGAGUAUAGUGAUGAGUAUGGUGAUGAGUAUAGUGAUGAGUAUAGUGAUGAGUAUAGUGAUGAGUGUGGUUAUGAGUAUGGUUAUGGGUAUGGUUAUGGGUAUGGUUAUGGGUAUAGUGAUGAGUAUAGUGAUGAGUAUAGUGAUGAGUCCGAUGAUGAAGAUGAGAAUGCUUGUGAGGUAAUUGUCUCGUCCCCAUUUUCAAAAGAUCACACUAAUUCUCGGAAACUUAAAAUAUCGUCAAAUUCCAUGCCCAACGUGACUAGAAUUUACACCGAUGGGGCCUGUCGAGGUAAUAACAGACGGCGCCUUGCUGCUUCGGGCUAUGGGGUUUAUUAUGGUAAACACGAUAUACGAAAUAAAGCUGUUCCAUUAAGCGAUGUGGAUGAUGUUGAUAAUAUUCCACCAACGAAUCAACGCGCAGAAUUGCAUGCUGUGCUUCAUGCCUUACGAAACAUAGACAAAGAGCUUGAUAAAGCAAUAUACAAGUGUCGGUAUGCUAUUUGUUCUGAUUCUAUAUAUGCUUUGAAAUGCAUUAAAAUAUGGUCCGCAAAAUGGUUAAAAAAUGGAUGGCAAAAUGUCGCUAAAAGACCAGUGGCCAAUGCUGACAUUAUCAAAGAAGCUGUAAGAUUGACUGCAAAGAUUGAUGAUGUGUAUGGCCAGUUAGGGUGGAACUCAUUGCAAUUUAUUCAUGUUAGAGGACAUUCUGGAAACAAAGGGAACGAUAUUGCUGAUAAUUUGGCCAGCAUUGGUGCAGAUGAGAUGGCAAUGGAGUUGAAUUUGAAGGUUCAUCAAAGCAAAAAGAAGAAAUAA